AAGUAACCCUAAUUACUUAACACUUUCCCUAUAUAUAAAGAACUAUUUAGCUAUUACUUCUUCUACAUAAUAAGACAUGGAGACAAAAAGUACUGAAAAUUGUAAAGAUGAGGAGCAAAAAAAUCACUACUACUACUCUAAUUCUACAUCACCAGGACUAUUAAGCUCUCUUGAAGAUGAAGAAAUUAAGAGGAAAAUAUGUUGUCACUCUUUGUAUGGUCUUUUGGUUCAAACUCACUUGGAUUGUUUGAAGCAGGUUUGUUUGGGGAUUACUGAGAUUGACAAAAUUGAUCAAAAAACCGAAGAAAAGUCAGCAAAAUGUAACAAAGUUAUCUCACACACAAUGGAUCAUCAAACAGAAUUGAACAAUAAGUUCAGCUCACUCACAAUGGAUCAACCAGCUGAACUGGACAACUUCAUGGAAGCAUAUUGUGUGGCUCUAAGCAAGCUCAAAGAGGCAAUGGAGGAACCUCAUUUGGAGUCCAUAAAGUUCAUCAAUCAUAUGUAUUCUCAGCUCAGUGAACUCAUGGAACUUCCUACUUCUACUUCCACUCCAUCUAAUUUUGAUGGGAUGAAGGCCCAUGGCAACAAAUGAAUUGGUGGCAUGAGGAAGCUAGAUGAUUGAUAGAGCCAAGAUUCUAUAAGCUCAUAUAUAAUUUAUCUAAUUAUUUAUUACUAAUUAAGUUACUUCAUCUAUAUAUGUUUAGCGAUCUAUGUAUGGCUAGAUUGCCACAACUCGUAUGUUUUUUUUUCUUUCUAUGUAGCAUAAUAAUGUUAAUAAUAAUGAGGAAUCCCAACAGCUGGUCGAACUCAUAAUUAAGGGUUUGAGAUGUUAAUUCUGAUAUGAUUAUAAGAUAAAUUAUGAAAGAAAGGCUUGUUGAUGAA